AAAUGAAAAUGAAAUCAAUCAAUAAAACCAUAAUGGCAAUAUUGUUUGCCAGCCUUAUGUUCACAUCAAUGUUCAUAGUGGAUGUUGAAGCCGGUAAAAAGAAAAAAAUUUUAGCUGCAUUAUUACUUGGCGCUGCAUUAGCGGCUAAACCGAAAAUAUUACCAAUUCCACUUCCAGUGCCGAUACCAAUCAAAAAAGAAGAAAAGAAAUAUGUUCCGGUUCCACAACCAUAUCCAAUAUAUAUUGAAAAAAGUUAUGGCGGUUAUGGUGGAGGUUAUGGUGGAGGUUAUGGCGGUGGAUAUAGUGGUGGAGGUUAUGGCGGUGGAUAUGAUGAUGGUGUUUUUUUAUGA